AUGUCCAACGGAGAGCCAACUGGGUCGUCGGCUCUGCACAUAUCGGUAACUCCUGCCCAAGCGGCCUUCUUCGCUGGCGAGCCGCUCACUGUGACCGUCGCGAUCACGAACACGAACAGCCUCGGUGCCGCGUACGACGGCGCGUUCGCGACGCCGAACACGGCACAUGGCCGCUCGCACUCUGCUUCACUGGCCUCCGCCCGGCACUCUCACAAGCGGAGCACGCACUCUGUGAGCUCGGUCCCCAUGGCGCACCCUCCCACCAGCCCCGGCAUGGGCCAGAUCCGACACACGCCCUCGAACUCUCUCUCGGGCCCCCCGUCCGCGUCGACGUCCAAGGUCCAGGUCGAGGAUGUGAGCGAAAUACGGCGAAGGGGGUUCAUCGGAAAGGACAUUCGCAGCGGCAGGAUCGUCAACGAGCUGACCGUCGAGGUCGUUCGGGCCAAGACCUCUGUCCUCCGCGGACUCAGAGAGUCCCCCCGCGUGUCUUCGCCUCUCGCCCGAGCGACCGCCGUUCCGCCCACUCAUCCUCACGCUCGAAAGGUCUCGACCAUAGACGGCAGCCAGCCUUCGUCCAGUGCGCAGUCCACGCCUUCCGCCACGCCAUCCGCAUCCACUUCCAGCUUCAACGCCUCUCUCGACUCAAUCGCCGAGUCCCCAAACUCGUCACACAGAUCGUCGCGCUUUCCCAGUCCAGGAAACUCGCCUGAUCCGUCCUCCAUGCCUUCGCCCAUGCCCUACCAAUAUCUUACAUCCAACCAUCUCCGACCACCGACUGACGUGGAUCCGCCAACCACGCCCCGCACAGCUUCCUUCCUAGAAGGACGGAACGCUAGACCGGGUCAUAACCGCGCCUAUUCUUCUCUGGGAAGGGGCCUACCAAACCAGCCACAUACAGCAGCCACCUCUACAUUCCCACGCUCCCCUAUCGUUGGCCCACCACCAGACGACGGAAGUGAACUCAUCCUCUAUGCGUAUGUGAGCCUAAACGGCACGCUCGCAUUGAUCCCGCCAGCUACGGCCACGGACGCCUGGGCCGAAUCCUUGCGGCGAAUGCGCAUUCGUAGACGAGUCCGGGGCGGUGGGAGUAUGGACAUUGCCGUAAUGUCCCCGCAAGUAGCGGACAUGCGCCCCAAGCACGGUCGACGAGCGAGCUUGAGCAGCGGACUAUGGGGGCUCCUCUCCCCUACGUCCCCGACCUCUCCUACCGAUAAUGACAUGUCGCGUAACGGAAUCCGGGCGCGAUCCCUAACUGCUCAAUCCUACCUCGCACCGCCUUUAUCCAAAGGCGUUGGACUGGGCGUUCAAGGCGUCGGUGGGCUGCCAAAAACGGACGAACUGGAUGAUAACGCACCUCUCAGUAUGUUCGAGGUGCCAAACGCCAUGCUUGGAGUCGAUAUCCGUCUCAAGCCGGGAGAAACGAAGACUUGGACUUACACGGUCGACCUACCAAAAUGGCUACCUCCGACGUACACGGGGCGUGGUGUGCAGUUUUCGUACCAGCUCACUGUCGGCGCUUGUAGAGCUUUGUCCGGAGGAAGUAGCAGUCGCGUUAUGAAGGUGCCUGUGCGGCUAUAUAACCAUGUAUCCGUCGAGGAGACGUUACCACCCUUCGAUCUUAUGCGCCGCGUUGAGAACGCCGUGAACGCGAGAGUGAUUGAGAAGGAGGCGAAUCCGCGCAUCAAAGCGCCCAGUACCGCGCCAUUACCGCUCUCACAGGCUGGCUCGAUGUCAGGGCUGCGCUCAUACGCUGCGCAGCUACUCUCACCGGACUUGUCGCCGAUGCGAUCUUUGGCGGAUGCCGAGCCAGAUCGCGAAGCUGCCCAGGGCAUGAGUGGUUGUCGCGAAGCUGUAGAGAUCAUGACCCGCAUACCACGGCGUGUCACUUACGAUGUGCACAAAGACGGUGUCAAAGUGGGCGUUCUGACUUUCAUGAAAUCCGCAUGGCGUCUUGGAGAGACGGUCCAAGGCGUCGUGGAACUCAACGAUCGGUCAGGCCGGGCCCGUGUACUGAAGCUCUCCGCUUACCUCGAAUCGCAUGAAUCACUACCGGGCAAGCUUGCUACUGGUCCCUCCGACGCAAAACUCAUGCGUCGCGUCCAUGCCGAACAUCAUGCCUCCCUGCUCGACUGCACGAACCGCAGCUCAUUUGCACUCGAUAUCCCAUCUGACGCAGCACCGGCUUUCCGGAUUGUGCUCGAUGACGAUACACCCAGGGGCAGCGCUCGUUCAGGACUCACGAUUCACACGUCACCAGUUGCCACAGGUGGCGUCGAGUGGCGCGUGCGCGUUUGUCUGCUCGUAUGUGUUGCACCUCGAGGCGCCAGUCUUCGUGGCGUACGUCGCGCGAUGGAUAGCGGCGAGUGGGGAACACCGUACGUGCCUUUGCGCUCGCCGUUGUGCAGGCGACCAUCGGGAGCGGCCGCUUUGGCCCGCGCAUCAACGGAUUCGACGUCAAGUUGGUCGAGCUGGAUUGCAUCGGCGCUGUUCACGCCGACAACCUCAUCUGUCGAGCGUAGAUUUCACGAUGGCGACGAAGAGGACGGUAGUGACCCCCGCGAUGAGGCCAGCGACGUGGGGGGCGAUGUCGACGAUGAAGCCGUCGGAUGGGAGGAGAUGCGCGUCGAACUUGUGGAAUGUGAGGUACCCGUACGCGUGUGGCCAGGGAACACGGCCUUUCGGGCGCCGGAGGUCGUGUUCGACGUAUGA